GCGACCGAGCGCGGCCGUUGCCCCUCAGCGGCUCCUGGGCCCGGGCCGCGGGCCUGGGCCGCUCCGGCGCUGCGCCAUGGCCUUCCUCCUGGGCAGCCGCGCCUGCAUGGACAGCCUGCGGGCAGACCUAAGGGACCUGCAGGCCGCCAUCGCCGAGGUGUCCUCCCGGGCCGGGGCCGUGCGCUUCCCCUCGUGGAAGUUCCCGGGUCAGGUGUCCUGUGAGCUGGACCUGGAGGCGCUGCUGCAGCGGUACGGCUACAGCGAGGGCGACCCCGAGUUCACCCAGCACUCCCAUGUGGUGCUGCUGGAGCUGCUGAUAGACAGGCUGCUGCUGCUGCUCCAGAGCUUCACAGGCUACACAGAACUGCUGCUCAGUGAGCGAGACAUCCCUGCGGUGCAGACACUGGGACCCGUCAUGUCCGCGGGGCUGACGGUGAGGAGGUACUGGAGCAGCAUGCUGAAACUGGGAACCUCCUACAGGCAGCUCCUGGCUGAGAAGGAAGCUUGCAGGAAGGAGAUCUCCACGCUGCAAGCCGCUGCCCAGGCUGGCAGAGCUGAGCAGCAGCCCGUGAAGGACAGCAUGCCUGACGUUCUGGAGCUGCAGCCUUCCAGGGCAGCUGCCCAGUGCCCGUCUCCAUGCCCAUCCUCAGGUGCUGCAGCAGCAGGCAGCGAGGCCUGGGGCAGCCCCGUGCCCGGGGCUGUGGGCAGCACGGCCCUGAGCAGCCCCUGCAGCCCCCCGCCGCCAGCCGGGCCUCGGGGCGCCUGUGCCGCCUGUGCCGCCGCCCAGGCCGGCCUGGGUGAGCUUGGCAAAGCCAUCGCCGGCAUCUGCCAGAGCCAGAACAUCCCCUCGGCCCUGGGCAGCUUCCAGGAGAGCGUGGAGGCUGCCUCAGAGACAGGGACCCUCUGUGCAAGGGAUGUCAGCUGCUGGGCCUCGGAGCAGAGCAAGGACCUGUCCCGCAUCAGCAGACACCUCCAGCUGCUGCUGCAGCAGCUCAAACCUCUCAAGGCUGAGCUGGCAGAGUCGGGGAAAGAGAAGGAGAAGCUGCAGAAGCAGGUGGAGGAAUUUUCUCAGUUGCUUCAGGCAGAGAAGGAGGCCCAGGCACAGCUGAGGAAGAAGGCUGAGCACAAACUCAAAGCGAAGAUCCAAGAGCACUCGAAGGCUGUAGCCAGGCUGGAGCAGGACAAGGAUGAGCUCCGGAGAGGAGCUGCUCAGCUGGAAGAGCAAAUCUCUGCCUUGAAGGAAGAGCUGUCUGCAAAGCAGGCUGCUGUGCAGGAGCUGGAGGAGACCAAGAUGACCUUGCUGGAGAGGAUGAGAAGCACGAUGGUGGCCAAGAGCCGGGUGGAAGAGCUGGAGGAGAAGCUGCAGGAGCUCAGCAUUCAUCGUGAGAGCCUGGGCCAAGAGCUGAGCUCCACCACUGUGCAGCUGGAGAAGGAGAAGGCCAAAGUGGAGAGCGUGCUGAGGCACCAUGAGUCCCUGCAGGCCAAGCAGCAGCUCCUGCUGCAGCAGCUGGACAGCAUGGACCAGGAGCGUGAGGGGCUGCAAGCCAGUCUGGGAGAGGCUGAGGAGGACAAGGCCAGGCUGGCAGAGCAGCUGGAGGAGAGCCAGGAGCAGAGUGGGCAACAGCUCCGGGCACAGCAGGAGCUGCUGGAUGUGCUGCAGCAGGAGAAGCUGAGCCUGGAGCAGUCUGUCUCAGAGCUGCAGGUGAAGGUCUCAGAGCUGCAGCAGGAGGCACAGGAGCUGAAGGAGCGGGAGAGGCUCCUGGUGUUCUUCCCCGAGCUGCACGUCCCUGCUGAGACACAGCUGGAGAGCACCGGGAACUUGACCGAGGACAUGGAGAAGCAGCUGCAGGCCAACAGCAUCCGGAUCAGCGCCCUGGAGCAGGAGAACACACGGCUCAGGUCUGCUCUUGCCAAGGUGAAGGCAGCUGCUGAGCAGGGCACGCUGCAGGAGCUGCAGGAGAAGCUGAGCCUGGAGCAGUCUGUCUCAGAGCUGCAGGUGAAGCUCAGAGCUGCAGCAGGAGGCACAGGAGCUGAAGGAGCGGGAGAGGCUCCUGGUGUUCUUCCCCGAGCUGCACGUCCCUGCUGAGACGCAGCUGGAGAGUAAGUUGUCUUAUUUGACAUCUUCAUCAGUGACUGGGAUGAGGGCACAGAGGGACCCUCAGCAAGUGCACUGGCUGCACUGGACUGGCUGAUUCCCCAGAGGCUGUGCUGCCAUUCAGCAGGAUCUUGUCCAGCUUGAGAGUUGGGCAGAGAGGAACUUGCUGAGGUUCGACAAGGGCAAGUGCAGAGUCCUGCAGCUGGGGAGGAGCAACCCCCUGCACCAGCACAGGCUGGGGGUGACCUGCUGGAGAGCAGCUCCAGGAGAGAGACCUGGGAGUGCUGGUUAGUGACAAACCGACCAUGAGCAGCAACGUGCCCUCGUGGGCAAGAGCCAAUGGCAGCCUGGGGGCAUCAAGGAGGGUGUGGGCAGCAGGUCAAGGGAGGUUCUGCUGCCUCUCUGCUCUGCCCUGCUGAGGCCUCAUCUGGAGUCCCGUGUCCAGUUCUGGGCUCCCCAGCUCCUCAUUGCCCCUUGUCCUGUCAUUGCCCAUCCCUGAGCACAGCCUGGCUCCAGCCUCCUCACACCCACCCUUGAUGGGUUUGUAACCAUGACUGAGGUCACCCCUCAGGCUCCUCCAAGCUGCACAGCCCCAGCUCCCUCAGCCUUUCAGCACAAGGCAGAUGUUCCACUCCAUCGUCUCUGUGGCCCUGCACUGAACUCUCUCCAGCAGCUCCCUGUCCUUCUGCAACUGAGGCACCCAGAACUGGACACAAUAUUCCAGAUGUGGUCUCAGGAGGGCAGAGCAGAGGGGGAGGAGAGCCAAGAGCAAAGCAAACAGGAAUGCCAAGAAUGGAUGGGCGGAUGCUCAUUAAAAGGAAGGUCAGCCAUGCUGCUGGAGCCUUCAUCCUUGUUGUUGUCCUAACCAUAAGCGUGGGAUGCAGCAAGAAAACAAGUGAGAGCGUGGGCAGUAGUUGCAAUUAAUAAAACAACUUCUUCCAAAGGGGGAAAAUGAGACCAGACUUGGGAGAUUUGUCAUUGAUAGACCCCCAAAUCUCUGUCCUCAUUUGCUGUUUCAUACAAGCAUGGCUUGGACUGUCAGUGAGGAAUGAUGAGAGAAUGGCAAGCAAGGGGUUAAAAGUAAUUAAGAGCACUUGCUUAUCUGUUGUGCACACACCUGUGAGGAGGAGGCCUUCCAAAUCAGCAUCCAGGGAGCCUGAAGCCAUGAGACUGUGCAGACAAACUUCAAAACAGUUUGAGCAAUGCCCCAGUGCCCCAAGGGCGGGAACUGCCUCAUUUCUCUGGGAGGUACAUGAGGAGUGUUUGUUCAUUGCUGGGAGUGCAAUGCAGUGAAGCACUGCUGCUGCUCAGAGCUGCACUGGGGCCACUCUUCCUGAUGCCAGUGACAGAGGAGCUCCAGAGGGCCUUUCCAACCUCCACCAUCCCUGUGGUUCUGUGAAGGGAGUGGGCAGCAGCACUUGCCUUCCCUGCAGUGGGGUUUGUGCCUUGGGGGUCUCCCAGAGCUGGCAGGAGAUCCUGCUGGCUCCCUUCCUUCUCCAUCACUUGUAGCCAGGAAUGGCUCAGGGCCUGGGCUGUGCUGAGCUGCUCCCAGCUGAACUCCCCUCCCAGCUGUGGGGCAUCCCACCUGUAGGGCAGGAGCUAAAGCAGGGCCAGAGCUUUGUUUGCCCACAGGGUUUCAGCUGGCAUGGUCUGGCACCCAGCUGCCAGCAGCGCAGAGCAGGCAGCAGCAGUGGGCUGAGCUCUGGCUCCUGCUGCAAGGAUGUUGCUUUUUGUUUACAGGCACCACAAAUAAACAUCUCUGCAGCACCUCA